GCGUGUGCCCCUCCCAUACUCCUUGUGGGCAGAGCACACCGGCAGGCGUACCUGUCGUCUGACCUGAGGCCAAAGUGGAGGGAGGAGCGGGAGGAGCAGAAAGAAGGGCCUAGCGUAGGAGAGAAUGGGGACAGAGAGGGACGAGAAGGGUGGUGGGUUGUGUCGGGCUUCAUGGGAUGGGACUGGGAGGCCGCUCCAUCUGGCCGCAGCACACCACCCCUCUUCAUGCCGUCCAUCCCACUUCACUUCCAAGGUACCAUUUCCUGGACUUGUCUCCGCCAAUGA